AUGUCUGGAGAACCCGGCAAGCGGCCCAAGGCUGCGUCGCGAAAGACUUCCCUUGACUCGAACCCACCAGGGGACCAAUACGUUGAGUUUGUCAAUGCGGAAAAUGAAAUCCCGUCAAAUGGUGCUGGGAGGCUUUCGGCAGGACGGGGAGCCAUCUUGGCCAAUGCUGCCAGAGAGUUGCAGGAUGUCGCUGCUAGGCAAUCAGUUGGCCAUACGAGCAACAGGCCCCAACCACCACAUCUGGGGACGCGAAGAUCUCGACAAUAUGAAGAACCAGCCGUCCCGCAAACGUGGGCAAUAGGAUCUAAGGGCAAGCAGCAUCAUCGACAAAUGCCCGCUCCUAAGAUGGUAGCACCGACUCAAUCUGGCACAGGUGAUGGCUAUACUUAUAGUUCAUAUAAGCGGCCGCCUUUAUUCACGCAGGCCCCCAAGAAUAAGGUCCAUCGGCCAAAGUCCCCUACUGAUGGGCACAGUCAAUUCCUAACAAGAACGUUGGAUAUGUUCAACAGCCGUAACGAGCCGCCUGCAGUGGAAAUAGGUCCAAACCACGAAAUAGACAUGCCACCGACUCAGUACAUGGCCCAGGAACCACCCUUCAGCGUGAAUGAUGGUGGAAUCUCAAAUCAUGGUCACGGGGGUGGAUUGGCAGUCUACGAACCAUAUAACCCAGCCUUACAUCCUUACCCGCCCCCUGACCCCCAGGGGUAUGGAUCUGGAGUACCGCAUAGAGGUAAGGGUACCAUCGACUUCUCCUUCUGA